UGUUUCUUACAUCCCAUCACGUCUACCAAUAUCUACAUACGGCAUAUUUACAUGGCAAUUUUUUGAGCCUUUGUACGCAAUUUUUAGUACGUUUUAUUGUUCAUAGAUCACCUUCUUUUCGGAGUAAAGAAAACCGACAAGUAUGCGUGUUAAAUAUACGCGAUAAUGUACAUAAGUGCUGCGUUAUUGAAUGUUUGUGUCAUCGGAAUACCUGCAAGUAAAUACCAAUAUUAAAAGCAGUACACAUUUCGGAGUUUUGCGUGCUAAGUGCCUGGUGCUAACACGGUAAGGAAUAGCAAGAAACAAGUCGACGAAUUUUGAAAAAGAACUUGAAACAAAGAGAAAGGUGAGAGCAUUAUUGUCGCUGAGUUGGGUGUGAGCUUUUCUCAGCAAGAUGUACCCGUUUAUCGGUAAAGAUAACCAUGUACUUAUUGUAUGGGGAGAUGCUGUUGACCCUAACAAGCUGAAAGAUGUUGUUGAAAACCUUAAACAAUUGGUUGGUCCAAGUGGAAAAGUUUCAUUAGAAAAUGCUGGGAGGUUGUCAUUAGCAUCACAUGCAGCUUCAUCAUUUGAUGUUGUUCUGUCUGGAGUAUUUUUUCCACAGUCCAUAGUUCAUUCCGUUCAACAGCUUGGGGAAGUAGCUCGAAUUGUGAAACCUCAAGGCACAGUUGUUCUCCAAGAGGCAACAGUUCUUCAAAAUAAUGAGAAAUCUUUGAAAACUGUGGAGAAAUUACACACAACCUUGAAACUAGCAGGUUUUAUAGAUAUAAAAGAGCCAAAAUCUAUUUCAUUAAACGAAAAUGAAAGAGAAACUCUUAAGGCUGUGUUUAAUACGAGUGAGAGCUUAAAUAUUGUAGAAAUACAGUGCAAGAAACCAAAUUUUGAGAUCGGAUCAUCUGCUGUUCUGCCCUUUGCUAAAAACAUUGCUGCAAACAAACCACCAUCAGAAGUUGCUGCUGUUUGGAAACUGGAUUCUUUAGAUGAUGACUUUGAGACAAUUGAUUCUGAUACUUUGUUAGAUGACAGUGAUCUCAAGAAACCCGACCCAUCUUCCCUCAAAGUGUGUGGAACCACUGGAAAGAGAAAAGCAUGUAAGAAUUGUACAUGCGGAUUGGCUGAAGAGUUGGAGAGUGAAACUGCUGGACAACCAAAACAAUCUAAUCAAAUCCAAACAUCAGCUUGUGGAAAUUGUUACUUAGGAGAUGCCUUCAGAUGUGCAUCUUGUCCUUAUCUGGGCAUGCCUGCUUUUAAACCUGGUGAAAAAGUGCAGUUGAGCAACAAUCAGUUAAAAGCAGAUGUCUAACUAUGGAGAACCUGAAGUGAAAAGCAUACUUUUUAAGUAUUUGGCUAUUUCUCUGCAGUAUAAUGAAAAGUGUUCUUGAAACAGCAGUUCAAAUUUAUUUAAGACUUGUAAUGAUUAGUUCUAGGUAUCAGCAAUAUGUAACUUAUUUGGGGAGAAAUAUUGAGGUUCUUCAAUAAUAAAAAA